AUGUCCAGCUCAUUCGAAAAGUCCGUCAAGGGCGCCACCAAGAUCAAGAAUGCGCCCCCCAAGACCAAAUACAUCGAGCACAUCCUCGUCGCCACCCACUCGGGCGACGCGGGCGUCGGCGAGGUCUUCCGUGCCCUGCAGCACCGUCUGCGCGACACGACGUGGACCGUCGUCAUGAAGAGCCUCAUCACCAUCCACCUCAUGAUCCGCGAAGGCUCCCCCGACGUGACGCUCUCCUUCCUGUCCAAGCAUCGCAGCAUGCUGCAGCUUAGUCAGCUGUCGGAUGCACAAACGCAAGGCAGAAACAUUCGCCACUACGCCGUCUACCUCGCCGAGCGCGCGCGCGCGUACCGCGAAACCAAGACCGACUGGGUGCGCGUUUCGGAGACGAGGCUCGAAAAGGUCACCGUCGCCAAGGGACUGCUUCGAGAGACGGAGGCGGUCCAGCACCAGCUGACGGCGCUGGUCAAAUGCGAUGUUCUCGAGUCGGAGCCGGCCAACGACAUCACGAUUGCCGUCUUUCGCCUCCUCGUCUUGGAUCUUCUCUCCUUGUUCCAGGUGCUGAACCAGGGACUCAUCAACAUUCUGGGUCACUUUUUUGAAAUGUCCAAACCGGAUGCGGAGAAGGCUAUGGACAUCUACCGCACCUUUACGAGACAGACGGAUGACGUCGUCCGCUACCUCGGCUGCGCGCGUCUGCACGAGCAUCACACGAGGGUCGAGGUGCCCAAGCUGAAGCACGCACCCGUCAACCUCGGCCGCCAGCUGCAAGACUAUCUCAAAGACCCCGACUUUGAGAUUCACCGACGACAAUACAUGGCCGAGCAGGAGGCCAAGAAGCAGGGAUUCAAAGGCGCAUCCUCCAUGUCGGCCAAGGCCACCGGGCUCGAGUUUCCCACGCCGUCGACGCAAUCCUCCGACCGUCCGCUCCCCGUCCCAGACGAAGGCGGCGCCGGGGCGAAGCCGCAGGUAAACAAGGGUCCGGAUCCAGACUUGAUUGACUUUUUCGACUCCAUCGAGCAGAACCAGACGCCGAUGCAAGUCAACCCCCAGCAGACGGUACACGGCAACGUGGCCCCUCAACAGCAGGCAACCGGAUUGGCGUUUCCGCAGAAUGGACUGUCGGUCCAGGCGAAUGGCUUCGUUUCGAACGAUGCGCUACAGCAGCAGGCAUUUCUGCAGCAGCAACAGAUGCAGCAGCAGCAGCAGCAGCAGCAGCAGAUGCAACUGCAACAACAAAUGCAGCAGCAGCAGCAAAUGCAGAUUCAGCAACCCCAGCAACUGCAGCCGAACUUGACGGGUGCCGGUUUUGGCGGCUUCACACCCCAACCUCGGCCGACUUUCCAACCUGGUACCCUCGGUGCCAUACCGCAGAGUACCGUGCCGGCAUUCCAAAACCAGGGGUUCCAAGGCCAAGCGACGCUGCAGACGGGCCAGGCGGUGGUCCAGCCGAUGCAGACGGGCCAGGCGGCAGCAAUCCAGCCGAUGCAGACGGGCCAAACGGCAGCGAUGCAGCCGAUGCAGACGGGGACGACGAAUCCCUUCCGGCAGUCCAUGCUGCUCACCCAGCAGACCGGCCCGUCAAACUUCUCCUUCUCCUCGGCCGGUGCCGCGCCGGCCCUCCAGCGGCAGUCGACCAACCCGUUUGCCCGCCUCUCACCCCAGAACUCGACUUCCCCUUUCCAGCCGCAGAUGCCGGCCGCCCCUCUCCAGGCGACGCUCACGGGGACGAAUCCUUUCGCGCGGAACGGUCCUCCGCCGGCAGGCCAGCAGUUUCCUCAGCAGGGCAUCGCGCCGCAGCCCACGGGCACGACGAACCCCUUCCGCAACGGCGCCUUUGUCAACCACAACACCGGCCUCGGAUGGCAGCAUAACCAGACGACCAUCGGUGGCGGCAUCGACCAGCUGGCGACGGUGCCCGUCUUUCCCCGGCCGGCCCAGCAGACGCCGUGGCAGCAAUGA